CUCUCAAGUAUGCUAUUAUUUCAAUUUUCAUAAAUUUUUCAUUUUGCUUGUCAGGCAGAGAGUGCCCUGGAUCAAAUGGAUUGGAUUGAGAAAAUAACAGGGGUGAUAGCCUCAUUGUUGAGUUCUCAGACUCCUGAUAGGUGUUUACCCACUAGUCCAAUGGGAAGUGGUCAUCAUCGGUCCACUAGUGAGAGUAGUUCAUUUGAAAGUGCCGACUUUGAUCAUGGAGCAAUUGAGGAGUACACAUCAGAGAGAUUUAACUCGUUACAGAUAGACCGUCCUCUGAGAAACUCACAACAGCAAAGAACUGGUGUAAAAACCGAGAAGCCAAUUGAUGUACUGCGAAAAGUCUGUGGUAAUGACAAAUGUGCUGAUUGUGGUGCUUCUGAACCAGAUUGGGCAUCCUUGAAUCUUGGUGUUCUUGUAUGCAUUGAAUGCUCUGGUGUUCACCGUAAUCUUGGUGUGCACAUAUCUAAGGUCAGGUCACUAACUCUCGACGUUAAGGUCUGGGAGCCGUCUGUUUUAAAUCUAUUUCAGUCUCUGGGAAACACCUUUGCAAAUUCAGUAUGGGAGGAAUUACUGCAGUCAAAGGGUGUCUUCCAAGUCGAUCUUGGUCCGACAGGAUUGUACCAGAGUAAUAAGUCACAAAUGGUUUACUUCAGCAAGCCCAGUCCCGCAGAUUCAAUUUCUACAAAGGAGAAAUUUAUUCAUGCGAAGUAUGCAGAUAAAUUUUUUGUUCAGAAGGCCAUGGACCACCAGCCUCUAGCACAGCAGAUGUGGGAUGCUGUCCGUGCCAAUGAUAAGAAGGCUGUCUACGGGCUCAUUGUCAACUCAGGAAUAGAUAUAAAUGCUAUUUAUGGGCAAGGAGCUAGUAGCUCGUCUCUCACCCUUGCCAAAGUAAUGCUGUUGCAAGAGCAGACUGCUCAUGAUCCGUACUCUGAUUGCUUGGAAGCCGAGAUGUUGCAUGAUACGUUUCCAAGCUCCAUAAACCCAGCAUGUACAAGCAAAGACAACAGUUCUGUUGAGGAUAUCGACGGAUGCUCCUUGCUUCACCUUGCCUGUGAAACUGCGGAUAUAGGAAUGAUAGAGCUUCUUUUGCAAUAUGGUGCAAACAUAAAUGCGACUGAUUCCAGGUCACACACACCCCUUCACCGGUGUAUCAUUAAAGGCAAAGCAGCAUUAGCAAAGCUUCUCCUAACAAGAGGAGCUGAUCCACGAGCUGUUGACUACCAAGGAAGAUCCUCACUCCAGCUUGCUGUAGAAUAUAGUUUUGAUGACACUGAGGUCCUUGCGAUUCUUUCAGAAUCACAU